AUGGCGCACCGUGGCUCCAGGAUGACCGAAUUUGAGGAGCGCGACUACUAUCCGCCUCGUCGCUCAGCCCCUGACUUUGAUGACCUCGACUAUCGCCCUCGCCAGGUCACGCGGACACCCCCGGCGCCCCGGGAGACGGAGCGCACGCCUGCCUUCUUAAGGGACGACGGCCGACGCACCGAGGCUGGACCCAUGGUGCUGCGCCAGCGCGACGUCGAGACCUUUGACCGCCACGCUAGAAGCCCCAGCCCUCCUGUACGGAUCCGAGAGGUUGUCCGCCGCCCCAAGAGUGCCUCUCCGCCAGCUAUGCGCGGCAGCGAGCACGAGCACACGCGCGCCAGGGUCGUGGAGAGGGAGCGUCGCCGCCGACGCUCUCCCUCUCCCGUCUAUAAUGAGCAUAUUCGCACUCGCAUCGUCGAAAAGGACAGGGAGCGUGUCCCUUCCCCGUCUCCCUCGCCUUCGCCGCCGCCGCCUCCCUCGGUCAUUCGCGGCCCGACCAUCGAGCGAGAGGUCAUUACCCACUGGACUGACGUCGAUCACGGAGUGGUGCGGGCGAAGCCCCCCAGUCCCCCUCCCGCGCCUCGUUCGCGCCCGAGGGAGCGGGAGACGGACAUUGACAUAUCCCUGUCCAAGAACCGCACCGAGGUCGACAUUCACCAGUCUAGCAACAGGCCGCGCUCCAAGAGCCGCGAACGCCGAUCGCAUUACCAUGAGGAGGACGUCGUUGUCCGCCGUGACGGCGACCGCCUUCGGGUAGACGAGUACUCGGGCUCGCGUCGACGGGCACAGUCGGCCGCCCCGCUCUGCUCUCCCAUGGAUGAGGAGGGCGACUACCUCUCCUCCAAGGUGGAUUCCCGCGGACGCAUGGGCGAGGCCUGGGGCGGCGCCACAAAGGACUGGACCAUUGUCGACGUGCCGCCGGGCACCGAAAGAGUCCGCAUGGACGGCGUAGGCGGCGGCAGCACCGAUACCACCUGGACAAAGUACAGCGGAGUGAGGAGAACGCAGUUCAUCCCCGAGAGAGACGGCGCCGUCGUGCCCAGAGAGCCAUCGCCCGCCCCCUCCCGAGAUCGCACCAGCGUGGGUGUUUACGACCGCGAGAGGGAGAUCGAUGUCGACAUUGAUCGUCGAAUCACGCGCACUCCGGUGCCGCCGCCGCCGCCGCCGCCAAAGGAGAUGUGGACGGAGAUUACCAAGGAUCUCGUUUUACGAGAAGCCAUCGAGGAGCUGGGCUACGAGUACGAGGAGACAAAGGAGUUUUUUUACGUCAUGGACUAUCUCAAAUAUGAUGACGUUAUCCGCUUGACCGACUUGUCGGAAAACAUGCGCCGCCAACGAAAAGAGCGCGUCCGGGAGAUUCAGCGGGAGAGGGAGUGGCGGGACGAGUGGGAAAGACCGUUCCGACGCCACCAUCCGGACCUCCAUGAUCGCUGGAGAUCGUCGCGGGAGGAAUGGGACGACGAGCGGGUGAGGGAACGAGAGGUGGUCUACGACAGCCGCAGACCAGCCCGUGGAUACUUCCGUUGA